AUGAUAUUACAGUUUAUACCUCAAAUAUCUUCCAUAUCAUGGUAUUCCACAGCUAUUCCGCUAGUUAUCGUUUUGGCAUUCAGUGCUGUAAAGGACGGUUAUGACGAUAUGCAACGGCAUAUCUCCGAUCGGAAUGUAAACGGCCGGAAGUCAUUCGUGGUACGAAACGGCCAUCUGAACGAAGAGGAAUGGGAGAAGGUCAAAGUGGGCGACGUGAUCCGCAUGAUGAGUAAUCAGUUCGUCGCGGCCGACCUGCUGCUGCUCUCGACAUCAGAGCCUCAUGGGAUUUGUUACAUUGAGACGAUGGAGUUGGAUGGCGAGACGAACUUGAAGACGAGAGGAGCCAUGGCUGACACAGGCCGAAAUGGGAGACGAUCUCGACGCUAUCAGCAAGAGAGAUCGUCUGCGAGGCGCCGAACAACAGACUGGACAAGUUCAACGGGAAAGCUAUUGUGGCAAGGCAGGGAACUUCCAAUCACCAACGAUAACAUACUUUUGAGAGGAUGCAUCCUGAAGAACACACGGUGGUAA